AUGUUUCAGGACUCGGUGGUUUUUGAGGAUGUGGUUGUGGACUUCACCCCAGAGGAGUGGGCUUUGCUGGAUUGUGCUCAGAGGAGGCUCUACAGAGAUGUGAUGCUGGAGACCUGCAGGAACCUGACCUCAGUGGGUGAAAACUGGAAAUGCCAUGGUAUUGAAGAUCAGCACAAGAACCAGGGGACAUGUAUGAUGACACACAAAAGAGCUCACACUGAAGAGAAACCCUAUACAUGUAAGGAAAGUGGAAAAGCCUUUAUAUACUUCUCCAAACUUAGGGUUCAUAUAAGAACCCACACUGGAGAGAAGCCUUAUGAAUGUGAAAAGUCCUACGAAUGUAAGGAAUGUGGGAAAGCCUUUCUUCGUUCUUUUUACCUGAUCAUACAUGCAAGAAUGCACACUGGAGAGAAAGCCUAUAAAUGUGUGGAAUGUGGGAAGGCCUACAGCUGGCCCUCUGACCUCAGGAUUCACAUGAGAACACACUCUGGAGAAAAGACUUAUGAAUGUAAACAAUGCGGGAAAUCCUUCAGCUCCCCUUCAUCAUUUAAGGGACAUUUGGGAACUCACACAGGAGAAAAACCAUAUGCAUGUAAUGAAUGUGGAAAAGCCUUCAGCAGUCUCUCGUACUUUAGAACACAUGUGAGGAUUCACACUGGAGAGAAACCCUAUAUAUGUAAGCAAUGUGGGAAAGCUUUCAGUUGGUCAUCAUUUCGAGGACAUUUGAGAACUCACAGUAGAGAGAACCCCUAUAAGUGUAAACAAUGUGGUAAAGCCUUCAGUAGACUCACAUCCCUACAAAGACAUGUGAGAAUUCACAGUGGGGAGAAAUUCUAA